UCUUGAGAUCUUGGUUUUCACGUUUUUAAAACUACUAUCGGCCGGCGGGUUCUCUGUACUUCUGUGACGUUGGCGUGUCUGCGUGAUCGAUUCAGGCGCAAGCGCAGCAGAUCUCUUUUUUUGAUACCGAUGUGAGAUCAGAACCGUGUAGUAGGGCGAAGAAAAUGGACGCAGUCGCAGAAAAUUGUCUGGCGGCGUGCGCGCAUGACCGCACAGCAUCUCGGACACGAUGUCAUCUGGAGACACCCCCUGAAGAGACAGCCUACGGGUGGGCCAGCUGGAGGCAGUGGCUCGCGGGUCCUUGUUCCCGACAUAAUGAAGGAGAUGCACCGUCGUGGCCACGGGGCAGUGGCACUGAGGCAACAGCGAAAGGUUGUCCUGCAUCCAGCUCUUGUUCGUCGACAGCUCCAGCUGCAUCAGCACGUUUGGGCGGAAGAAAACGCCGACCUGCUCUGUCGCAAGAACAGCGAGCAGCACAGGCACUCGCAAAGCGAAAAUCGAGAAUAGAAUUGACACCAUGUAGGAGCUACUCAUCCCCGCUGCGUGAAAUAGCACCACCGCCGGAAGUCGACCCGCAAAAUAAUUUUCGAGAGGAGGGAAACGUGGAUGCGCCACAAGAGCGAGCAGACCAGCGCCCUCCUCUCCGAAGGAGAGUCGACGGCUUUUCGAUACCAGAAAAUGACAAAGAGGCACCACGUACACGAACGAGCUUUUGCGGAACAUCAAGGAGCAAGCUCAGCGGAGUUGUUCUGUGGUUUCACCUGUUCUAUCUGCUCUUCUUUGAAGCCUCACGGUCAGGAUUUCUCCCCCUUGCUCAAGCGCAGCGACAGCGACGACCCGACGAGGCGCUGCCCGCGGGGCUCGAAAGGUGGAUCGGACGCGACGAGUGCGACGAGAAGAAUGGUUGGGUCCAAUUUUACCACAGCUUCGCGCGCGGCAUCCAGCAGGCGCAAAGCAACAACGUUAUCUCACCCGCGAUGCUCGGGGAGCUGCAAAACGGCACGCUGCCAGAGCGGAAUGGCGAGGUGAUUGGCAAAGACGAGAGCGCCAUCGCAAUUCUCCGCGAACUCACGGACAACUUUCUGAAGUUGCCGGAGAAAGCCUUUCAGUGCGGGACCGCGAUGAGCAGCGUCUUUUCCAUGCUCAGCACGCUCUACGACAGCGUAAACCUCCCGGUUUUAGCGCUCCGGGCCAUGCAGCACGCCAGCAUAUUCGGCUCGUAAGUUGUGAUGUUGCGCUACUUUUGCCGCUUGGUUUUCAAAAUGGACGACAACUUGGAGAAUUUGCGUCCGUCCCCUGAAAAAGUCUUUUCAUUUCAUCUACUUAUCAGGUUCGAUUACCAAAUGAAGGGCGAGGACUACAUCGACCAGUCCCCGUGGCUACCAAGUGCAAAAAUGUCUGGGUCUGGAAGAAUGCAACUAGUGAUGCUGCAUUUGGAUUCCAAAAAAAAAUCUGUAUUGCAUGACUACCAAAGGGAAUGCAAUUUUUGCUACGCUGAGAAGGCAUUUGUCAUGCGGAAUAGGCAUCAAGAAGCCCUCAGACAGUCUGUAUUGCUAGGGUAUGCAUCACAGACAUCAGGGCCCAUGCAAAACGUGCACGACAAGUGUCAGAAUUUUCCAGACCCAGACAUUUUUACAGUUGAUAAUGGCCAAUAACCUGGAAGGAAAGCAUCGAGCUCUCCUUAAAGCGCAUGGACCGCGUUAUCAAAAGUAAAAAUGUCUGGGUCUGGAAGAAUGCAACUUGUCAUGCUAAAUCUGAAGCAUGCAAAAAUCUGUGUUGCAUAAUUACCAAAAGUCGUCCAGUUUUGACUAAGUCGGGAGGCAGUUUCUCAUGCAGGAUAGGCAUGAGAAAGAUCGCACAGAAUCUGUCAUGCUAGGUCCUGCAUUCCAGACCUCAUGGGUCACGAAAAAGAUGCAUGACAAAUCGCGCAUUCUUCCAGACCCAGACAUUUUUACAUUUGAUACGCGUGCAGAAGCUGCAACGCGCGGAGAGCUGGCGCCGGGAAAAGCUCCCCAGGAGACCCAGUGCACCGAAGUUGAAGGUUCGAUUUGUAUGCUACAAGAGAGAGAUGGGGACUCUGAUUACGUUUUUUUGUCGCUCGCAAAACUGGCUGCUGUUCGUUUGUUGCAUCUGAUUCGUUUUAUCAAAAUCUCUCACCAGAUUCUCAUCGUUUCGGUGUGCGAAUACAACAACGACGUGACGCCGCUGUACUCUUUGUCGCUUUGGAACAAGAAGCGCUAUGCCGAGAAGCACGGAUACGAAGUGCAAGUGCACGCGAAGGGGCCGCUGUUACAGGUAUACUUGCUUCACACUAGCUUCUACUUCGGCAUUGGAUCGCAAGUGCACGGUCAGAAACAUUUGUUUAAAGACGUGCGAACUUUCGUCGACGUAUUGCGACACAGCAAAGGCUUGUUUACCAUGAUUAUCAGGACCAAUUCGCCGGUCUGUAUGAAGAACCUCCGGCCCACCGCCCGCCCGCUUGGUCGAAGAUUGAUGCGGUGUUGCUAGGCUUGCGUGAGGGACACGACUGGGUCAUGUGGAUGGAUUGCGAUUCCUACUUCAUGGAUCAGGAGAUGGGCAUUAACGAGCUCAUCGACUACGUUCUGGAAAAAGAAGCGAAAAGUACAAUAAUUUGGUGCUUGUCUAGUAAUAAUCGCUUUGGAGGCAUAACAAGCGACAUAUGAAGAUGAAUCGUGAUCCUUAUCUAGUAUGUGUGACUAUCAAGAGUAAAAAUCAUCUCAGACGCCGAGCAGGAUACGGGGAGCAGUGCAAAGAAGCCUUUUUCCGAUCCCCCGCUACAAGAGUUUUUGAAAAAGUGGGACGCUGCACCGGGGACGCAGGAAAGCUUCGACAAGAUGCUGGCUUCAUCCGACGGUCUGGACCAAACAAAUAUCGGUUGGGACGAUUGGUUGAUACAUCCAACAUAUGAAAAAGACGGCCAGAAGAGAACAGAAUUGAUCGUGUCGGAGGACGGGCUCAUGCUUAACACUGGGAUCUUCUUCGUCAGGUAUCGGAUGCGUUUCACUCUUGUUGAAUUCGCUUGAUCAUAUGCAAAGUCCAUCAAAAUCGUCUUCCUGUUGAUCGUUCGAUUUUUUGAAAAAUUGCUUUGUGAAGAGACCUUCACAGUCUGAACUGUCAAAACGACGCGUUUCUCAGGUCGUCGGUCUGGGCGUGGCGCUUCUUCCAAAAAGUUCGACGGUUCACGUUUGGACCGCGGGCGCCGAUCACCCAGCACCCUUGGUGGGAGCAGACCGCGAUGGUGUACUUGAUUCAAAUGCCCUUCGCCAACGAGAAGCACUGGGCCGUCGCGCCGGCUGUGAGUUUGCUAGACCAGAAACACAUUAACCCCUACCCUCACUUGGUCUCUAGUGCGUUGCUGACGCACAUUGCAUACGAGGAGUCAGACUACAUUAUUUCCUUCUCCGGGUGCAAGAUCUACAGCUCCCAGGACGUCUGCAACGCGCUUUUCUUCAACUACUUUGCUGUGUCCGUCCCGAACUACAUGCAGAUCGAUGACCCCGUACUGCAAAAGUGGCUGCAGAAGGGUUUAAGGGUAUAGAAAAUGCAAUCCCAAGAACAAACUUAAAAAUUUUACAUGCUCUGCUCCGUGCGCGGAAAACAAACCGGGCGCAGCCUUUGCAUUAUCAAAAACGAAACCGCUUGCAGCUUCUAGAUGGUAGGGGUUACAGAAAUGCGCAAAAAGAUAUCGGCUUCAGAAAGUUCGGGGCUUGAAUUACAAGGCACGCUGGGAAGUAGUCAGAGGAUGCCCAGCCAAAACAUGCGCUUGCUUUUCAUGUUGCGCGCAGUGUGAAAAAUGGCGCCCCAAUAUUGGCGUAUUUGGCGCGCGCGCGCGGGUGCGCGGGCGCUUGCGUAGGACUGCCUGCAAGUAUGAGUAAUGCGCAGAACAAAACACAGAAAAAAGCGCAAAAAUAAGCAAAAUUUUGACCAUAUUUGCGCUGUCUUUUGCGCGCGCGAAAACUACCACGGCAACCGAGACCAUACCGUGGCGUCUAAGAAAUUUACAGCUAGUGAAAAACGCGUGGCUUUUUGCUGCAUAAUUCACAGCAAAAAAACAAGCAUUUUUCACAACGCAAAAAAAAGCAUCCGUCUUUAGAGCUCCGAUUUGUGAGAACUCUAUUUGCGGGUGCUUUUCCGGAAGCGUAUCUUGAGCUUUUCCGCGUGCUUGAACGUGCGCUGCAACAUGAUGUAGCGCAAAAAAAGCCACGCCAUCACGUUGAAGCAUCCGAAAAAGCUCAAGAAAUAGCAUAAAAAAGUUGCGGCUCCACGCCCGCGCGCGGAUAGUGUGUUUUUGGCCUGCAGCUGUUGUCUUUCAAUUGUUUCGCAGCUGGGGGCUAAAUCGGUUAGCGUGGUGUUGAUUCGGUUUUUCGUCGUGCUGGUGCAGCAAAAUUUCGCGCAUGUAAAAUUUUUAAGAUUGAAGAAGGAGUUGCAUUUUUUACACCUUUAAAGGGUGCGGAGAAGUACCGAUGACGCAGUGGCGUCUGGCCUCAACUGAGGCAUGUUCAGUGAGCCGGCACGUUGUGCGAGCAUCAGUCUCUGCGUUGCAGAAAAUAGCCCAGGUUGUGGUUAGUGUCACGAAAGCCAUUCUGAUGACAAGGGAAAAAGAUACGCAUUGAGAAAAGUUGAAUGCCAAAAGAUGAGAAAUCGAAAACAGUCCCUCCGACUGAGCCCCGACGGCAG